AUGGCCCUUUCAAAUGAGAAGGUUAGAAAUUCUAUACCUAAUGAUCUUGUCUAUUCCAUUAUGUCAAAACUGCCUCUAAAAUCUUUGACUCGAUUUAAAUGUGUACGCAAAUCAUGGGUACUCUUAUUUGAUAACCCUAAUUUCAUGAACAUGUAUCACAAAAGAUUCAUCUCUAAUAAAUCCUAUGAUGAUGAUACAUGUCUCCUCUUAAAGCAAACUGGGCAAGAUCUUGAAAACCUUUCGUCAUUAUAUUUAAUUUCUGGUGGGAGGUUUGACAAUAAGGUGAAAUUAGAUUGGCCGCCUCUUUUUCAAGAGGAAGUUAGUGAUAUUAGGAUUUUGGGUUCUGGAGUCAAUGGCAAUAUUUGUCUCUAUAUCGACGGUAUUAGUUCAAAAGCUGUAGUGUGGAACCCAAUAAUUGAGGAAUUGAAGGUCAUUCCUUCCGAGCCUUCUGUGCCUGUACCACCUUAUGUAAGGUUUGCGGACCAACUUUAUGGAUUUGGUUAUGAUUAUGUUAGAGAUGACUAUAAAAUUAUUAGACAUGUGGGAUUUCAUCUAGAUGUAUAUAAUUUGAAUGAUCCUCGGGUAAUCUUGUCACUGUCAGAUGCGUUAUACAAUCCAUUCUGGGAGAUAUAUAGCCAUAAAAAUAAUUCUUGGAGGAAACUUGAUUUGGCCAUGACAACUUUUUAUCAUAACCUUUUAUGUGUUCCAAAGCAAGUGCACACGAAUGGGGUGUGUCAUUGGUUGGGUAAAACUGAAACAGAUAUGCAUAAUAUAUAUUUGGUGUCAUUUGAUUUGGGUAAUGAAGAGUUCUUCCUAACACCCAUACCAUCAACUAGGAAAAAUAAUAUCAAUUUUGUAUGGGUGAAUACUCAUUUAACAGUGUUAAACGAGUCUAUUGCUUUAAUAUCUAGUGAAGCACGAACAACUACUUUUCACAUAUCAAUUCUUGGUGAAAUUGGUGUGAAGGAAUCAUGGAUCAAACUCUUCAUUGUUGGACCAUUACCUUUUGUCGGGUAUCCUAUUGGAGUAGGGAUGAAUGGCGAGAUAUUCAUUUCAAAAGAAGAUAAUGAGCUAGCUAGGUGUGAUAUAAGUACUCACACAAUUCAAGAUCUUGGCAUUAAAGGAGUGAGCUGUGCCUGUCAGGUGGGUGCACCUGAACUGAUUCCUAACAUCAAACAAACAGCACCAUUUUAUGCUGAGAAAAUGUUUUAA